ACAUCACGUACACGCGUUAUCAAUUUUUCUAACGCUAUUUAAUUCGAUUUACAGCAAAUCGACUGCUCUAACCUAGUGCAUAGCAUAGAGUAACAUAUAUAACUGAGACCUAGUGAAGUGUUCGCGCAGUUAUUGAUUCGGCAACACACGUUCAAGCGUCUUACAUUAAAUACUGAACAUUCGCUUAAUAGUUUCUUCAUAAAUUACAAGCUCGGAGCACAGAACGGAAGAAAUCAAUCAUCAAGAGUAUAUAUUUGAGGGCAAGCCACAAUGAAUACCUUAAAGAGCGGCGAUAAUGUGUUAGUUAUUUGGAAAGGCAGCGAACAAAACGCGCUGAGCAAAAUAGUGGCUGACAUUCAAAGUGCGACGAAUAAUGGUAAUGUCGUUCUCGAAAAUUCGGAAAUGAUUACUGAAACUUCAAGGCCACAGUCAUCUUUCAACAUGAUACUCUCCAACAUUGUCCCUCCACACUCUGUCACCCACAGUGACAGUCUCCUGGCAACCCUGAUCAAACUCCUCAAACCCAGUGGCAAGUUGGUGGUGAAGGAUGCUUCAGACAUUAGCUCAGCACUCAAACUAAAUGGGUUCCUCAAUGUAACACAAGCUGAUGGUGUCUACACAGCUGAGAAGCCUAAAUUUGAGGUAGGAUCAAAAGCACAGCUGAAACUAGGCAGCAAGCCAGCAGUAUGGAAACUAGAUGAUACAGUGGAGGUGGCCUGGACGGGGGACAAUGAUGACGACAUCAUUGACUCUGACCAGCUGCUGGACGAAGAUGAUCUCAAGAAACCUGAUAAAGAAUCACUUAGAGUGUGCGCCACAACGGGUAAGCGGAAGGCGUGCGCAGAUUGCUCGUGCGGUUUGGCUGAGGAACUCAAUGGACAGGUCAAAGAAACUCCCAAGUCUUCUUGUGGAAGCUGUUACCUGGGCGACGCGUUCCGCUGCGCGACGUGCCCGUACCUCGGCAUGCCGGCCUUCAAGCCCGGCGAGAAAGUGCUGCUGGACCUUAAGUCCGACAUCUGAAGAUAGUAUUGUUGUGAUUAUUGAUAAUAAACUUUUUGUAAGUACU